AUGAAAAGACAAUGCGGGGGCCAGCGGGUCGUCUACUCCUAUUCAUAUUCCUAUUCAACCCCAACCGUGAACUCGUGCUCCUCAACCGUGAAGGCGUGUACACAAACCACGAAGGCGUGUACACAAACCGCGAAGGCGUGCACCCCGACCGCGACGGCGUCCAAAGUCGCCAGCUCCAAUAACGAACAGAGCACACCCAAAGAAAUAGAAAGAAAAGAAGAGCCGUGCAAGGACCCGACGAGAUGGGUGGAGGCAAGCGGAGGCGAGGUCCCCAUCGGAGCCGUUGUCGGCGGGGAGGAUGGUGGAGAAGCUCUUUAUGUGGCGAGAGCAGAACAUGAGGGUGAUAUGCUUCCUGGGAAGUUGGUUCCCUCCCAUCGU